CACAACAACCGGCAGUACCACAAAAUGUCUCCUCUGCGUGUCAACAAGAAAUUAUUAAACUUUCUUCAAGCUCGGACCUCGCCAAUUGCGCUUCAUUUGUCAAGUUAUAUCCAUUGCAAAAUGCAACAAUACAAAAUGCAACAUCAAUCUAUGAUAGUUAUUGUGCUGCACCGAAAUGCAGUGAUAGCAUCACUUCUGCUGAUGCUGCUGAACUUAAAAAUCAAUGUCAAUCAGAACUUGCUAUGAAAGAUCCUACCACUUCUUACUUAAAAACAAUUCUUGUUUUCAAUUCCCCGGUAAGGGAUUCAUUAUGUUUCAAGAAUUCCUCCGGAGGAUAUUGUGAUUUGGAUGACAAUUCUGCUGCAGUAUUCAAUUACCUUCUUGGAUUGAGUUAUACUCAACCUACUAAUCUUAGUUGUUCCGAUUGUAAUAAAGCUAUUUUAAAUACUUUUGCGAAUUUCUUUAAAUCUAAUCCUCAAUCCGUGGCUGACUUAUCGAUUGACCCAACGUCUUUUGAAAGUUUUGUUACAUCAAAGUGUGGUUCUUCUUUCUUAGAUGGAACUGUUCCAAAUACCUCUAGUCCUCCAAAGAAGAGCAGUGGCAUCUCUAUACACUCUCUAUCUUUUAUUGGCUUUACAAUGUUCGCAGCUUCAUUUAUUAGUUUAAUUGUUUAUGUCAUUUAG